UUGUGCUGCACUAUACGCACAACACCGUAUUAUCAGCGUUCGACAUGGGCAAAUUGAAUAUCGCUCAUCACAAGUCAUACCACCCUUACCGCCGGGACAACAUCGAACGCGUACGGAGAGAUGAAGAGGAAGCUGCGCAAAAGGAAGCCGAGGCUGAGGGAAGGGUAGUGCUGGCUGAUGCAGAGGCUCGGUUGGACCUCCUCCGAGAGCGUGCAGGACUUGGGAAAGGGAAGGGGAAGAAGAAAGAGGACGAUAUGAAGGCUAUAGAUGAUGCUAAGGCCUCUACCGUUGCCAAGGACUCGAAACAAGGUCAUAUCAAUCUAUUUGAGGAUUUAGAACAGCAAGAAACUAUUACCGCCAUACGAGCGACGAAGAAGACCGCACAGCUAGAGACUGAGAAGGGUGUACCACUGGCUCCAAGUGCUAAGGACCUCAAGCCAUGGUACAGCGAGCGCGAUAAGGGAAAGGAAUACCAGGAGGAUGAGAAGGGUAAACGCUUAAGGUAUGCAAGAUUGCGGGAUCUUGCUUCAAAGACUAUGAACGACCCUCUCACAGCCAUCACGCAUCAGCUUGCAUCAAGCUCUUCAUCGAACAAUCCUUCCGCUGUGCCUCAGCCGUCAUGGCGACAUUCCAAACAUCGCACCUUACCUGAUUCAAAUAAUAAGAUGAAACCGCCUCCCCCACCCUCGGAUGCUACGACCAUGCGCCUCACACGCGAAUCAUCAGAACGCGAACGCGCGCUGGCGUUGAUUCGGCGCAAGCAGCGUGAAAUGAGAGGCAGCGAGACGCCGAGCACUGUGCACGGGGGCCUAGAUGAAGGGUAUGGGGAUGUAUUCAACCGGCGGGAGGUCGAAGAAGCGCAUUCAUAUCGACGAAGGCGGUGGUAAGUACAUUCCCGGCCUAUGAGACCUAUUUAUUGCGCUGUAUGCUCUACAUCCCGCGGCGGCGCUACGAUGGGAUGUUGUAUCAAUGGUUUAGGUAUUUGGCUUGUUCCUGGACAUGCUAGCUGGUGUUAUGGUGACCUACCCUGUUAUUCGAUAACCUCCAGUACCACUCAGUAAAGUAUUUUCUGCUCAUACAUAAGGUUAAGUACCUUGCCAUCGCGCAUCUACUACCCCCGACCUGCACUCUCCCUCCACCUACCAACGCCUAACCUCCAAGUUGCGCCCUCCCGCGUGAAGCGCCAAUUGCAACUACAGUGAUCCUACGGUCCUUUGUACACAACCAACCCAUUAUACAAUUUAAUUUUCUCAAUGAGGUCUUCGUCAACUUGCAAAUAUCAUAUCAUGUUCAGAAUAUGUGAUGGUACCGAAAAAUAUACUGC